UGGAGCAUGAAUAAGUACACUAUAUCAAACCCUAGUCCCCAAACCUCACAGCCUCUCAGUCGCCGUUUCCUCCGUUUAGGGAUUCUUCUUCCUUUCUCCAUACUGCAACAAUGGUUGCCGCCAAGAAGACCAAGAAGACCCAUGAGAGCAUCAACAACAGGCUCGCUCUUGUCAUGAAGAGUGGCAAGUACACCCUUGGUUACAAGACCGUUCUUAAAUCGCUCAGGAGCUCCAAAGGAAAACUGAUUAUCAUUGCCAACAACUGCCCUCCUUUGAGGAAGUCCGAGAUAGAAUACUAUGCUAUGUUAGCAAAGGUCGGAGUUCAUCACUACAAUGGGAACAAUGUUGAUUUGGGAACUGCAUGCGGCAAAUAUUACAGAGUGUGCUGUCUCAGCAUUAUUGAUCCUGGUGAUUCUGAUAUCAUCAAGACACUGCCUGGUGAACUAUAAAGUAGUACUCGAGUUUCAUGCUUUUAUAUUUUCUGUUAGUUGAUUCAGACAUUGCUGAAAAAGUAUCUGAUUCAGUUGUAGACUUUUGAUGUAAGGUGCAUGGGUUUUGGGUAUUCUAGCUGAGCAUCAAGUAAUUUUGAAUUUUAAUCAUGUUUCAUUGUGCCAAUUUUUAUGGAGAUAAUAUAAUUUUAUUUUCAUCAUGCU